AAUCCUGAGUGAUUAACCAAAAAAAUCUAUUCUAUAAUUUUUGGGUUAUGUUAUUGUUUACUUUGUACUUUCAAGAAACAUCUCACUUUCAAGUUUCGAUUAUCUAAAGGUAGUGAUCAACUACUCAAAUAGUACAUUUUUUCAUUUUCGUUGAUAACCAGUUAUGGAGGGAAUGGAAAUACUGAAACAAGGAGCCGAAGCUAGGAUAUACACAGGAACCUAUUUAGGAAAACCUUCAAUAGCAAAAGAAAGAUUCGUGAAGACCUACCGCCAUCCAAUCUUGGACAAUUUCCUGACCAAGGAAAGAAUAAAAGCAGAGUGCAGAGCUAUAGUUCGCUGUAAAGCAGCUGGCAUAAGAACCCCCGCACUAUACCUAGUAGAUUUCCAUAAGCGAACCAUUUGGAUGGAGCAUUUUGAGCACAGCAUCACAGCGAAAGAAUUCAUAGAGAACUUGUCCAGCUCAUCUGCCCUGGAGGAAUUGAAACAGUUCGCACUGGAGGUAGGAAAAACUCUAGGUUGCCUUCAUGCCAGCAAUAUUGUACACGGUGAUCUUACAACUUCCAACAUACUGCUAGUCAAUAAGAAUAGCACAAAAAGUUUCAAAAGCCUGAGGGAAGUGGACUUAGUGAUGAUAGAUUUUGGUUUGUCUCAUACCGAAUCAAGUACAGAGGACAAAGGUGUAGAUUUAUAUGUUCUGGAAAGAGCAUUGUUGAGCACUCAUAGAGUGGCAGAAACUUUAUUUCCUCAGAUCUUAGUUGGGUACCAGCAAACAUAUAAGAAAGGGAGCAAAGAAGUCCUUUCAAGGUUUGAAGAAGUACGAGCGCGUGGACGAAAACGGACUAUGGUGGGAUAGGCAAUAGACAAAUAAUAUAUCUACUUUCAUCAUUACACCUGGAUUUUGUUUAAUGUUCUGAAAGAUCCUCUAGGAUUCCUAAAUAUUUCGAUUUAACUACAC